GUACAAAAAUGGAAGGGAAAUUAAUAAAAUCAAUGCUCUGAAUAAGUAUUCUUCCGCAGUCAGUAAAUCGCUGAAGAUUUUUCUGCGUCGUUCUGCCAAAAGUGUGCUAAUUAUCAGCAUUGUUUGUGGAAAAUUACAACGUGUCUCUGUGCUUCAUGCUGGUGUGGAUUUGAGACAAAAACUGGGUAGAAAAUUCCGUCCGAAUCGUUCUGUUUGUUGCUAUUUUUCUUAUCAAAUAUUGGUGCAUUAAACAUGCUACUCCAAAAAUCAGUGCAGUUCAUUUUCAUUAUCGUGCUGAUACACCGCGAGGCCUUCGGUACCCUUUCUCCGUCCGAUAAGAACAAAAACAAGAAAGUAAAGGAACUGAAAGUAAAGGUUGGCCCACAACCGACAAAUGUGUACGACAGAGACCUGGUACAGGGGGAACCGUCUGCAAAGGACAUUAUUGUGGAAAAUGCGGCAUACUUUCAGGAUACUUCGCUGAAACUUUUCGAGGGCAAGGUGCUCGGGUUUGUUACGCCGUGGAACAACCAUGGGUACGACGUGGCUAAAACUUGGGGACCAAAGUUUGAUUACGUGUCUCCGGUGUGGCUUCAAAUCUUACGGAAGGGCCCUAAAAAGUACGAAGUGGCCGGUGUGCACGAUAUCGACGAUGGGUGGGUGAAGGAUGUGAAGAAAGCGGGUUCAUCCAUCAACAACCGAGUUGUGCCACGUGUCCUUUUUGACAAAUUCACCGAUCGGGAUUUUUCUCAGCUGCUGACUUAUCCGGAGGAGCGUACCAUUGUCGCUAAGCUACUGUUAGCAACUGCCCGCAAACAUAAGUUUGAUGGCAUCGUGCUCGAAGUCUGGUCACAGUUGUCCGCCCGUGUUGAGGAUAACUAUCUAAUCGGACUGGUAGAAGAAAUUUGUAACACACUGACUACCGCAUCAUAUGACUGCAUUCUUGUGAUACCACCGGCACGCAAAGAAACGUAUGAUCUCUUCUCGCGCAAGCAUUUUGAAACACUCGUUCCAUCGGUAACGGCCUUCUCGCUGAUGACGUACGACUAUUCGAGCGUACAGCGACCGGGAGCGAAUGCACCACUUUACUGGGUGCGAAAUGCGGUCCAGCAUAUCUGUCCGGAUGGUACGGAUGGUAUGAGGGAGAAGCGAGCCAAAAUUCUGGUUGGUCUGAACAUGUACGGUAGCGAUUUUACACCGAACGGUGGUCAACCGAUAGUGGCGCACGAGUAUUUGGCCCUGUUGAAACACCUGAAGGGUCAUUUGACGUACGAUGAGCAUGAUGUGGAGAACUUUUUUGAAGUGAAGACCUCCAAUGGGCGCCAUAUGGUAUUCUAUCCCACACUAUUCUCCAUUGACGAAAGGCUCAAGCUGGCCCGAGAGCUUGGGACCGGCAUUUCCAUAUGGGAGCUUGGACAAGGAUUGGAUUAUUUCUAUGACCUUUUCUAAAUACAUACAGACACAAUUUACAAUUUAGCUAAUUACAAAUGCUUCAUGCUGCCCCAUCACUUGAAAACACGAUGUGUGCCUCUGCAUUUCGGAUAUUAAUCAGCCUUAAAAAGCACACAGUCUCUGGUGAGCGGCUAGAUUGGACGAAACAAUUUCGUUAUUCUCUCUUACCACUAGUAGUGUACGGCCUAAAGUAAUGUUCGGUUCGUUUCUGUUUUUAUGAUACAUUAUUCAAUCGAUAUCUUAAACGAAAUAAGAAGAAUAAUGUCGAAAGACUUCGCCGGUUCUUAUUUUGGUGUUCUUAUGUGAUACGCUUAUUAAAAAAACAGAUGACGAUUAGAAAUGAGGGAAUUAGGUUAAAAUGAUGAAAAACACACCGACAUUUGAAGCCCGUCGUACUCUAUCCAGCCGUCGCCUUGCCCCGUCCACGGAAGCCCAUCAUCGUUUCCGGACCCUUCAUCACGCGGUACAUCAGCUCCCAGCAUGUUUUCGCUGGCAGCAAACACUUGAGUGGCAGGAACAUGCGCACGUGGUCCGGUAGCGUACAGUUUACUUCGUUCUUCAGUAUCGACCGUACCAUGCUGUCGGCGACGUGCUUCGGUUCAAGCAUGGGCAACAGGCGUGGUUUGCAUCCAGCAAACAUGCCCGUGUUGAUGUAGUACGGACACACCAGCGUCAUAUAGAUGUUAUCAUAACCGUGCGUCUACAAUGGGAUAAAGGACAACAUUUUAGAACUGUAUAUGUAGAGCGGUUUGUUAUUACGUACCUUCAAUUCCGUAAAGAGUGCCUCGUGAAAACCAACGCAAGCAAACUUCGUCGCACUAUAAUCGGUACAACCGUACGUACCGAGCAGACCGGCCACCGAUCCAACCGUUACGAUGUGGCCACUGUUCGCAUUCAUCAUUUCUGGUAGAAAGGCGCGCGUAGUCUGAGAAGAAUCAAGAACAAUUAGUGGUUAAGUUCGGUAGUUUUUAAGUUACAAGCAUCCUCAAUAUAGCUCCUCAAAAACAUACCCAGUAGUGCGACAGAAUGUUGACGGCGUACGUACUCUCGAUAGCUUUAUCGGUCAGAUCCCACAGUGUUCGGCAGGCGACGAUACCAGCGUUAUUGAUCAACACCUCCACAUUGCCAAC